AGUCAGCGGUCCUCGAAGAAUCCAAUAUGGCGGACGGUGGGUUGUUGGAAGGGGACGAAGAUUUUUUAGAAGAAAGCUCCAUUAAGCCGAUUGUAUACUCCGAAGAUGUUGAAGAAGCUAUUUCUCAGGUGUUCAAAAGUGAAGAUCCCCUAGACAGCAAAGACUUUAAUCCAGUGGAUUACAUCAAUUCUAUAUUCCCAACUGAACAGUCUUUAGCCAACAUUGAUGAUGUGGUGAACAAAAUGAGACUCAAGAUAAGGAGUUUGGAUGAGGAGAUUCGAAUAGUUGUCAGAGGCCAAACAAAUAUUGGUCAUGAAGGGAGACAAGCCCUGGAAGAGGCACAGCAAGCAAUACAGCAGCUUUUUGCAAAAAUAAUUGAUAUCAAAGAAAAAGCUGAUAAGUCUGAGCAAAUGGUAAAAGAAAUCACAAGGGACAUCAAACAACUAGACCAUGCUAAGAGGCAUCUGACAACUUCCAUCACAACAUUAAACCAUUUGCACAUGCUCGUUGGGGGUGUGGACACUUUAACGACGCUAGCCAAGAAGAGGCAGUAUGGGGAAGUGGCAAACUUACUCCAAGGAGUAGUGAAUGUUUUAGAACACUUCAAAAAGUACUUCAGUAUUUCACAGAUCAGACAAUUAGCAGACAGAGUGAACAAAAUUCAGGGGGAAUUAGGAACACAAAUCUUACAGGAUUUCGAAGAGUCGUUGUCUGUAAAAGGUGUUAAGCCACCAUCCGGGCCCAACUCUCUGCUUGCUGAGGCGUGCCAAGUUGUUAAAGUUCUGGACCCCCAAGUCAAGAAUCAACUGUUAACAUGGUUUGUACAGCUGCAGUUAGCAGAGUACCAUCAGCUGUUUAAUGAAACUUUUGAGGUCGCCUGGUUAGACAAGAUAGACAGGAGGUUUGCCUGGCUCAAGAGAGCACUUGUCAAAUUCGAGGAGGAUUUUGCUGGGACAUUUCCACCAGAGUGGAGAGUGGAAGAGAAUGUAUCUGAGGAAUUUUGUAAAACAACAAAGAAGGAGCUGUCGAAGAUCAUGUCAGCACGUGCUCCAGAGAUUGAAGUGAAAUUACUAUUGUUUGCAAUACAGAGGACUACAACAUUUGAGAAUCUACUUGUUCAGAGAUUUGCUUAUACAUCAGAAGAGGAAAAUCUUUCAAAGGACCCAAAGCUCCCGGCAAACCCAAAAUCUUCAAAAUUCCUGGGCAUGAUCUCAAGAUGUUUUGAGCCACACCUACACAUUUACAUCGACUCACAAGACAGAAAUCUCUCAGAAUUAAUGGAUCGGUUCGUGCAAGACUUCAAAUCCCAGACGGUCCCGCAACCCGAGGGCGAUGGUAGUAACGUGGUGUUCCCGAGCGCGGGGGAGCUGUUCGUCUUCUACAAAAAAUGCAUGGUCCAGUGUUCGCAACUAAGCACAGGUCCACCACUGCUUUCGCUCACCGCUACAUUCCAGAAAUACCUGAAGGAGUUUGCUAACAGGGUGCUUAGCAACCAUUUACCUGUCAAGGGAUCAGGCGGGCUAGCGAGUAUUCUGAAAGAUGCAAGCGAUGUCAAGUUCUCUGCCGAAGAGAAAAGUCUCACAUGCUGCAUACUGUGUACAGCGGACUACUGCCUGGAAACUACACAACAGCUUGAAGAUAAACUAAAAGAGAAAAUAGACCCAGAGCUGGCCGAGAAGAUUGAUCUGAGUGGCGAGCAAGAUGUAUUUCACGGGGUUGUGUCGAACUGUAUCCAGCUGCUGGUCCAGGAUCUGGAGAAUGCAUGUGACGCGCCGCUCACUGCCAUGGUCAAGGUUCACUGGCAAAGUGUAGAAGCCGUUGGUGACGAGAGCGCGUAUGUGACCGCUAUCUCGAACCACCUGAAGGAUACGGUUCCUCUACUGCGCGACUUCCUGUGUUCUGCACGCAAGUACUUCACCCAGUUCUGCGUCAAGUUUGCCAAUUCAUUCAUACCUCGAUAUAUUAACAACCUCUACCGAUGUAAACCCAUCAGCACGGUCGGCGCGGAGCAGCUUCUUCUCGACACGCAUUCCUUGAAGACCAUCUUACUUGAUUUGCCUUCCAUUGGAUCUAAAGUGCAACGAAAGCCGCCUGCCAGUUUCACCAAGGUCGUCGCCAAAGGCAUGUCUAAGGCCGAGAUGAUACUUAAGGUUGUCAUGUCUCCACACGACCCUGCUGUUGGGUUUGUGGAUAACUACAUCAAACUCCUCGCUGACACCGAUACGUCCAACUUCCAGAAACUUCUCGAUAUGAAGGGACUGAAGCGCAGCGAGCAGCACACGAUGCUGGAACUAUUCCGUUCGCGCCUCCCAUCACCCCCUUCGGGCGGUGAGAUAUCAACAAGCCUCCAGACAGUUCCCGAUCCGGAGUCGAGCCGAAUUAAAAAGCUGGAACGGUUGAUCAAAAAACAGUUCUAAGGAUGCUUGAAAGGUUGAUCACAAACAAUUUAAAAAAGCUGGAACGGAUCGUCUAAAUCACUUCGAAAAUAGCUUUGCCAUUGGCUUUUGCAUUGCAUAUGGUUUAAAAUGCAAUUCCAUGACACAAAAUUCAAGAGACGAAAAGUCAGGUGAAAUAAUAGGGAAUGGAGCAUACGCAUGACACUUUGAAUUAAUAGAUAUAGUAGACGUAAAUCUAGAUAACAUACACAUGGCUGUACAAUUUAAUUUAUUAGUGAAUAAAAACGCUAAAAGAGAA